CUGCAUUUCAUUCCUCGCUCACUCUGCUCACUCACGCUCAUACUGUGGCCGGCGCCUAUCUAGCUCCUCCUGCUGGCUCUUGAAAGCAUCUCAGCUAAAGCCUGAAGUUUCCAAGAUGAACAACAAGAACAAGCCGCCGGCCGUCUCGAGGCGCAGCAGGGCGCUGCAGGUGCAGGUCGCCCUGCUCCUCGUUUUGCUCCUUGCUGCUUCACGGCUCCAGGCUUGCGGCGCGGCUUCAGGGUUCUGCGCGGGCAAGUGCGCGGUGCGGUGCGGGCGUGGGACUAGCGCGCGGGCGAGGGGUUCGUGCAUGAAGUACUGCGGGCUGUGCUGCGAGGAGUGCGCCUGCGUGCCCACGCGGGGGAAGGGCGGGAGCCGCGACGAGUGCCCCUGCUACCGCGACAUGCUCACCUCCGGCCCAAGGAAGAGGCCCAAGUGCCCCUGAUCAAGCCCUGAUCGACCCACCUGGAAGAACGAUCGUAUCAACGCUCCUCUGCUGUAGCUAUGAUGUAGUACUAGCUUCCUGUGCCAUGUUGUAGUAGUAGUAGUAGUCCGUACCAUGUUGUUGUGUGAUUCGCGUGGAAGUACCGUAUAUGCUGUCUUCGUAUUGUACCCACCAUCGAGUUGUACAAAAGGUAUGAGAGGAGCCAGGGGUUAUGGAGUGAUCCGGGGCCUGUAAAUUCUUUCCCAUCAGUGUGUUGCUAUCUAGCCUAGCUAGUGUGUGCCACGUGUGAGGGUGUUCAAUUAUCAAAUAUAAGUACGUGUGCUUGUAGCUAA